ACAAUAGGCGGGGGAACUCUAUAAAAGCAGGACAAAAACCCAGGUGUUUAGAUUGUCUGCCUUCGAAUGAUGAGUUUUAAUCGCAUCUAGAAUUGGAUUUUUAAUAUGUGUUAAGUUAGUAGUGAAUGACUUAAUUACAUAAGCGACAUACCAGAUAGAUAGAGGCAGAAUCCAACUUUACAAGGGAACAUAUGCUAUAUUUAAAAAACAAAAAUUCACAUAUUUAAUUUCAAAUUUUUCUUUACGGAUAAACACUGUCAAACAUGUUAUAAAUAUUUCAGUAAGUCUGUUUCAAGUGAAACAUUUGAGGUCCCUAGAGAGUAAUGUCUAAAUGGCUGGACACACAUCAAAACCUGCGGCUACUACCCCUGUUGUAGGUGUGUCUAAAAGCACAGCUGACCAACAAAAUGCAACAAGAAAAAUCUCAAGGCAACCAUCUACAGCAUCUUUGUUUGGACUGAAGAGUUCAUUACACGAACUAACAAAGUCUUUCAAGACCAGGCCUAAUGAGGCAGUAUAUCCAAGACCUUCGAAAGAAACGAGUGAUCUUAUCGCAGAGAACAGUCACCAGACAGCUGACGCCAUCCUAGAAGGCGACAGGAAGUCGAGGAAAAUGAAGAAGAGGAAGGGCAAGUUGACCUUCAGGGACGUUGUGGACAUGAAGAUGGAGGAACACAAGCCUCACACGUCUGCGAGGCACUGUUCGGAUACAGAACAGUUUAAAUCUCUAGUGUAUCAAAAAGUGAAAGAGGCUGUAAAGGCUGUCACGGCGGACGGAGAAAAGGAAAUCAAUAUUCACAAUGUUCUGACCUUACUGCGGACAAUGGAUAUUGACACUGCCCAAGACUCUAUCCUGGACCUACUUAGACGCGCAAUAGCAGAAAAUUCUGGUCAGGUUGACCUAAAUGAACUAGAUGCUACAAUUCUUAAGUUACUGGAAACUAGACCAGGCUCGGAUGUCGACGCUUGUGUAAUUUCUGCAUUUAAGCUGAUCGAUCACGACGAGGAUGGUUACAUCUCAAAGUCCGACAUCCAGCAGCUGAUCUUAAAUUUGGGUCAAGAGUCAGAUGAUGACGUCAUCGCCGAUAUGAUGAAGGCUGUUGAUCCUGACCAGAAAGGGAGCAUCAGUCUUAAAGAUUUCAGCGAAUUUUUGCUGGGGAAAGACAUCACAGCACGCUACCGAGGAAUUGAAUUACAGAGCCACGGAGAAUCAUUGAGCCAGGAUCCAAGAGCUGAAUCCAAAGGGCUCCAAGUGAGAGAAAAUAAAACCCAGGCCAGUGUCAGCAAACUGGCUGAUGUUAUCAUGUCACUGCAGUCGGCUCAGGCAAACAGCGACACUUCUCAGCGUGUCUAUUCGGCAGGGUCUGUUAAGACAAGGAGUUUCUUCAGUGGCAACUUUGUAGCUCAAGAAGAUAAGAGCUUAAAAGGACUCUUCGACGUCUUAUCGACAAGGUCUAGCAACGAGAAUGCAAGUGAUCAAAGUGAAGAUCAGACAAUGGAAGCUAAAACAAAUUCCGCCGAUUCUAUCAAGGAGGAACAGGAAAGUAGCCAGCUAGUCAACAAUGAGCCCAUCACGGUGCAAGAUGUGUCGGAGUCCCAGGACGCUCCAGAGAAAUGUUCACGUGACGGACACGAUGUGGAAGAAAGUUUAGAGGAUGAGACAGUUGAAGACGAACUUUUAUUCGCCCCGGAGAUUUACAUUAAGAUAACACAAUGGAAGCACGCGGCGACGAAAUCUCAUAGUAACGAAUCUUUGACAAAUGCUGGACACAAUGGCCAACAAAGUUCCGACUCGGCAAGUGUGCUCACUCAGAGUCAGUCUUCUAGAUCUGAGAAAAUGUGUGUAUCUCAAAAUACUCACAGAGAAAUGAAAGAACAAACUAUCUCGACAACGCAGUCUGACUCUGAAGUCGGGAUGGGGGAACAAAGAAACGAGGCAUAUCAAGACAUAUCAGAUAAUCAUAAUGUCGACAAGAAUGCAAAUACGAUAUUUGAUGCAGAAGUACCUAAUGACAAAGCAAACUUCGAACUAGAUAACGCGAUGAAUUUUGAAAGCAAAACAAUAGAUAACUCUGUCAAUAAGCCUGAGUACGUGCAGCGAUGGUUGUCUUCUCCUGAGCUCAACUCUCCUCGUAGAUUGAAAACAAACUAUCAAUCACAAGAACCGGAAGUGAGAGGGUUUACCGACACUUCCGGAAGCCCAGAAAAAAAGUUUUUGUCUAUCCCUUUCACGUCCAAAGUUGACCUGCCUUUGGAUCACUCUAGGAGUAAUUUUAGCGAUCUGCGUAGAAGUAUGAUCUCCUUGCCCUAUGACGACUCUGUAGAUUCAGAGAGCGUGGAUGAUGCCUCGACAAGUUUGCGUUUGUACAACCUCGGUGUCUCACUGUCAUACAUAUCCGAAACAAACACAGAUACUUCAGACUCUACACAAACUGAAUCAAAUGAUUCUCAACCAGAUCGCCAUGUUUUUUCGCAAACAGAACAUCGUCCGAAAUCAAAAUUGUGCAGGAACUGCACAUCUGCAUCCUCGGUUCGUAGUUCAAUAACGCCGCCUAACAGAAUACCACUCGUCUGCAAGACAAUAGAACUACAAGAAGUAGAAGUUAACUCCCCUGUAACCGCCAAUCUUUUUUCAAAUCGUAGAAAAUUCGGAAGUUUACCAAAAGAUGUUUCAAAAUUUAUAGUUUUUAGAAAAUCGCCUAGCCCGGAAGUAAAAAGUUGUACCAAAAAUGACCAAAAAGCGACUUUGCAGACGUAUUCUAGUUUCGCAGGAUAUGGGAACUCCAAAUCAAGUGUCACUCUGGGAAGAUCCAGUGAAAAGUAUGCACUCUCUAAAAGCCAAUCAUAUUCUAGAAAUUUGUCACGUUAUUUAAAAAGCACGCCAAAUAAACUUUUAGACAGAAGAGUGGAGCCAGUAUCUUCUCAAGUAAAUGAUCGAAUACAAAGCCUAGAAUCGUUACUUCGGCUUGACCUAAAGAGCAGGCAUGCAUUAGGACAGCCAAUAGUAUACACUGUUAACAGAAGCUUUUCAAUAAAACAAAACGGACUUGCCACAUCUGAAAGAGCAAUAGACGAGCAUUUUCCCAAAGCUGAGAAAUCUCGAAUGUGUGCCUUAGAUCUGUUGAAAAUUGACUUAACAGGUUAUAAACGAAACUUGAUUAUGACUAACACGCCUACAAAUCUUUCUUUCAUUAACUAUGCCAAAUUAAAUCAGCCCCGAAAUUCUGAAGCGUCUCUCUCACUAUCCCGCCAAUUACAGCAAGCUGGUAUGACCUAUAGAAUGAAAUCUGUAAAUGUAUCAACCAAUCUAGCAGACGAGAAGAGGAAGCAAGCAACAUCCGACAGUCAGCGUUCCAGAUUUAAAUUGGGUGACGAGAUCAAUCAAACGUUUGGGAUUUUCAGCAAAAGAAGAAUAUCCUCAUUUGAAAGUUCAGAAACCGUUGUCAAUGGCAAAAGUUAUGCAUCGAAAAAAGAGACCGCCCUUUUCUGUCAGAAGUGACAGCGCGUGCAUGAAGAGAUCUCCGCCAUAUUGAAACUCUAAAACUGUUUAUUAUUGAACCAACGACACAAAAAAGAAAAAAUAUGAUUGAUCAGAGUGGAUAGGUAUGUUUGUAUGCAUUGGUCAAAGAUAGAUUUGAGAAUGUGUGGUGGCCACUCUACACUUCGUUUUCCUACAAUGUUAGUAGUGGUAUAUUUUAGAAAUACUAAGGUCUCCAGCGUGGAACUAAGCCUCCGGCCUUGCCACUGUAAUGUUUGAGACUUCAUCAUGCAUAUUGGAUGAUCCUCUAUAGUAGAUGAUGGAACUUACGGACAGAGGAUUCGGUUAAGAUCUAGUUUCUCAAGCUGGUCUUUGAGAGAAAUCUUUUCCUUCUUUUCUGGAUAUUCACUAAGGCUACUCCACAGAAAUUGCAUUGUAUAAAUGUACUAUGAGGCAACAAACACUAAACGUCACUUAUCAAUGAAGUCACCUCAAGAGUCUAAUCUCAACCGUCUAAUAACAAACACUAAAACCCUUUCAACUGUGACGCCACUAAAUGUCGCGGUCAAAGUCUGUCAACUAAAUAAUUGCAUAUAACUUUUCACUCGGACUGGAAAACGUUUUUUGUUCCCCGAGGCAAAUAAAUAACUGGCUACUUCAUGACGAGACACCGGUGAUAUCUUUGAAAUGAAAUGUUGAUAAUCUGGCAAUAAAAUGUUUUGUUCCUUAACAAAUAUUGCAAUAAAUGCUUUGUACGCUCAUUAUUA